AGAUUUCAAAUUGCUGAGAUGGAACAAAAGCCGAAUAUCUACGACGAUGCUGUGGUGUUUAUAACAGGCGCCACAGGUUUUGUGGGCAAGGCAUUGCUGGAGAAAUUGCUCUGGAGUUUUCCACAAAUUAAUCGCAUUUAUAUGCUCAUACGGCCCAAGGCGGGUAUUGGCGUUCGGGAGCGUUUCGAAAGCUUUCUGCUGAAUGGCAUAUUCGAGCGUUUGCGAGCAAGUUAUCCGGAACGGCUAAAUAAAAUUUCCUACCUUGCGGGUAACAUAGAGGAUGACAACUUUGGUUUAAAUGAGCUGGACAGAGCUGAGCUAUGUGCUGAGGUGAACAUUAUUUUCCACAGCGCGGCAACGGUGCGUUUUAAUGAGUGCUUGAAAGUGGCAGCGCGCGUCAAUUCCGUGGCUACUUACAAUUUGCUGGAGCUCUGCAAACAAAUGACGCGCUUAAAGAGCUUCCUGUAUGUGUCGACUGCGUAUUGCAAUCCAGGUCGUAAAUAUGUCGACGAGCGCAUUUAUCCCACACUGCCGCCUGUAAAUUGGAUGCAAUUUUUGACCUGCACUCGCAAAAUACCCGACGAUUACUUAAAUCGUUUGGCCGACUAUAUUACGGGUCCGCAUGUGAACACCUACACGUUUACCAAAUCCAUAGCCGAACAGAUUGUGAACGCCUACAAGGAUCUGCUGCCCAUAGUCAUUGUGCGUCCCUCGAUUGUGACAGCAGCCUAUCGGGAGCCGUAUCCCGGUUGGAUUGACAAUAUACAGGCGAUUAGUGGCAUUAUGAUGGAAAUCGGCAAAGGUGGCAUCAGCAGUAUUUUGGGCGACGGCCGCUUAAUAUGUGAUAUAAUCCCCGUCGAUUUUGUUGUGAAUGCCAUGAUCAUGAUGGCCCAAAAGGCUGUGGUGGGCCGCAUUAGCAUUUGUAAUGCCACUUCGGGCGUGACAAAUCCCAUUAGCUGGCAACGUUUGGGCAAUCUGACUAUGAAAUGGUCGCGUAUCUAUCCCACAAAGCGUAUGAUUAUGUUUCCCAAUUUCAAAUAUCGUCGAGGUGCUCUGAGACACGAGUUGGCGGUUUGGAUGCUACAUUUUGGGCCUGCGAUUUUGAUGGACCUGCGAACGUUGCUUUUGGGCCAGAAGAAACGUUUGGUGACCCCGAUCGCCAAGAAAUUUCGACAGGCAUGUCUAGCAGGAAGCUUUUUCUCGCUGAACGAAUGGAUAUUCCAGAACAGCAGUCGCUACUACUUUCAAGAGCUCAUUGAGAAUGGCACCUUUCCCAUGCUGUACUGGAAUUUGGAUGAGCUUAACUACGAUGACUAUGUGCGGCGUCACAUGAUCGGCAUUAACAAAUAUUUGCAUCGUGAAAACUUUAAUGUGGAUGCAAAUAAAAUCCAAGUGACAAAAACCUACUGGCUUUGGAUAUUCCUGCACCUAAUUUCCUAUAUGCUGCUGAUUUAUGUGCUGAUUUAG